AAUGGUAUUGACACGUGGGUCCAUCUCAGAGGCAAAACAAACUAUUACCAAACGGCUCCUAUAAGCCCGUCCCUCUCCGAUCCCUCGGCCCGCGCUCUCUGCUCCCAUCCCCGCCUCGUCCGUUACCAUAAAUCUAGCUUGGGCUCUAAUCUAACCGAGGGAACAGGUGGGAUAUGAGGAACUCGGUGUCGGAGCGGAGCUUCCUCAUCGAGAGCGACGAUGACGACGAUGCCGCCGUGGAGGACGGGAAGCGGCGCGGCCUUGGCGGCGGCGGCGGCGGCGACGACGACGACGACGGGUCCGACUCCUCGUCGCCGUGCGACAGCCCGCGGGUGGUGGCGGCGCGGUGCAGCCAGCCGAGUUCGUACACGCAGCAAUGGCCGCAGAGCUACAGGCAAUCCAUUGACAUGUACAGCAGUGUGCACUCUCCCAACCUGAGCUUCUUGGGCACGCCAUCACUGAGCCGGUUGUCCAACUCGUUCCUCACAAACUCAUUCCGGGGGAAGCCACCUGAGAUCAUCUCCAGCUUAAUCAAGCCAUUACUGCCGACAAGCAUUGCUUCCGCCAGCGAUGACCAGCAGCAGCAGCAGCAUGAGGACGUCCGGAAGAGCUCCCAUUACCUGCCACCAUCACGCAAGGCGUCGUCGCUGCAGAGGAUCCCCGAGGACCAGAGACCUAUGGUUGGGGGCCAUGAGGUGGGUCCCUACCGGCAGUGCUCCUAUACCCAAGGGGUCAUGAACGGAGUGAAUGUCUUAUGUGGUGUGGGGAUCCUGUCAACACCUUAUGCUGUCAAGCAGGGUGGCUGGCUUGGACUGGUGAUACUAGCGGUAUUGGGUGCACUGGCUUGGUACACUGGCAUACUUCUGCGCCGUUGCCUGGACAGCAAGGAUGGGCUCGAGACUUACCCUGACAUCGGACAUGCUGCCUUUGGUACUGCUGGCCGUAUCAUCAUCUCGAUAAUACUGUAUAUGGAACUAUAUGCAUGUUGCAUUGAGUAUUUGAUCUUAGAGAGCGAUAACUUAUCAAAGUUGUUCCCAAAUGCACACCUAACCAUGGGUAACUUGACUCUGGAUUCACAUAUGCUAUUUGCCAUCUUGACUGCUCUUGUCGUCAUGCCUACCACUUGGCUUCGUGAUCUCAGCUGCCUCAGCUUCAUUUCAGCUGGUGGAGUCAUUGCAUCUAUCGUCAUUGUCUCCUGCUUGUUCUGGGUGGGACUUGUUGAUCACGUUGGCACAGUCGAGAGUGAAGGGACGGCACUGAACCUUCCUGGAAUCCCCAUUGCCAUCGGGUUGUAUGGGUAUUGCUACUCAGGCCAUGGAGUGUUCCCAAACAUCUACUCUUCUCUGAAGAAAAGCAACCAGUUCCCUGCUGUUCUUUUCACCUGUAUCGCUCUGUCUACUGUUCUGUUCGCUGCUGCUGCAAUCAUGGGAUACAUUAUGUUCGGUGAAUCUACAGAGUCCCAAUUCACACUGAACUUACCCCCAAAUCUUGUGGCUUCCAAGAUUGCGGUCUGGACUACGGUGACGAAUCCAAUAACCAAAUAUGCGCUGACCAUGACUCCUCUAGCCCUGAGUUUGGAGGAACUGCUACCUCCAAAUAAGCAGACAUACCCGAACAUAAUGAUGCUUAGAUCCGCUCUGGUGGUAUCUUCCCUUAUUAUUGCUCUGUCCGUUCCAUUUUUUGCCUUUUCAGGACUUGUCAUGUCACUGGUCGGGUCUUUUCUCACCAUGUUUGUGGCCUAUAUUCUACCAUGUGCCUGCUUUUUGUCUAUCCUCAGGAGUAAAGUGACCUGGUAUCAGGUAGUACUGUGUGUGUUCAUCAUUGUCGUUGGACUUUGCUGUGUUGGUGUUGGCACGUACUCUUCUCUUUCUAAGAUAAUACAAAAGUACCAAUGAAUUGUGCCCUAGAAUUAUGUAUGAUGUGUCCAUGUGUUUUCGAAUAGCCAGUUUUCUUUUCUGGGAUGGUGGCGCUGGUCUGGAAGGGGGAGGGGGAUGUCAUUCUUUGUAAAUUUUUUGUUGGCAUGAGAGGAAGUGGAGGAAUUUGAUAAAAUAGGGCAGGUUGUGUUAUCGAAGGAGUAUUUUGUCUGAAAUUGUUCUCGUGACGGUAGGUGCUGCUGGGAACGACCUUCUGUUGACGCUGCCAUUUUCGUUUGACCCAUAU